AUGGAGCCAUUCGGCUCAGAUCCAUACACUGGCGAACCGGUUUUCAGCAUCUUACUACAUCCACCCGCAGAUGUCCCUGCUCCUUGGUGUCUGGCCAAAGCCCGUUUGGUUACCUUCGGAGCGAUACUCUCCGAGGUCCAUCUGCCCGCCAAGUCAAGCUCCCCAGGCGAUACAACGGCACCGGUACUCCACGACGUGGUACUCGGCUACAAUCGACUAAUCGGAGGUUACGACGAGAAUCCGGGCUAUUUGGGUGCGACUAUCGGACGUGUAGCAGGCCGAAUCGGUGGGGCACAGUUCCGUCUGCCGUCCGAGGCACCGACAGCCGACAAAGUGAUAAAGGUGACUAAAAACCAUGGACAAGAUUGUCUACAUGGAGGCAAGUGA